UGCCAUUCAGUACGAUUUAAGCCGCCAACCGAAUUGAAUCGUUCGAAACGACGUCACGCAGCAUACCUGUGAACGUUUACGAGUCGUUACAACGUCAUCCUAUAGUCGAACUGCUGCAUAUCACAGCCAAAAGUGCAAGCGCAAACCCUCCUCGUGCGAUAUUAUUUUGGAGUGCGAGAGUGUUCUUUUUUCACUGCUUUGAAAGACGAAUGUGAAAAACGAGGCAAGGAAGAAAAGGGUGCAAUCAAAUUUGUGCGCAUGUUCAACUGAUGAUAACGAGAAAAAAAAAAAAACAAAAACAAACACAAGCGAAAUAAAAACGCAAUCGAAUAAGUAAACGAAGUGAAACAAUAAUAGUCGCCCAUAAAAUACCAACAAAGCAAAAUAAACCCGAGAGAAUUUAUUUCCUUUUCAGCACGCACCCCGCACACCGCACACCGCAAAUUACACACGCAAGUGCUGCGGGCUUGUUUACAUUUUUCGGCUACUCAAGUGUAGAUUUCCUGUUUGUUUUUGUGCCGUAUCGGAAGUGAAUUAGAACGUAAAGAAUAGUAAAAUAGAUUGGGAUCAAAGUUGAAACCGGCUUCGAAAGUGGGAAAACGACUGUAGAAAUUUGAAAAUAAUUUGCUAUGCGCAAUUUUGGCGCAGUGUAGCUGGAACGAAAACAGACUUGCGGUUGUGAAAAUAAGAGUAAGAAAACACAAAUUAAAAAAAAAAUACUGACAGCGAGAAUUUUACAAGUAAAUUUUCGAAACGUUAACGGCAAUUAGCUAUAACGGUAUUGCGAAAUAUUUUAGACGGUUGUUGUUUUGACGGGUUGCGCCACUUUUAAAGAGUCAACAAUUUUCGUCAAGCAUCAUUUCGUUACUUUUUUUUUGUUUUUUCCGAAUUCACCCGAUGGUACGCGAAACGGCAGGUGCUUAGCAGUGACAAGUGAUUUGAUGUGUUGAAUGUGCGCAAUUGAAAGUGAUUUACCGAAAUUUGAAUUGUUAUUGCCAACUCAUUAACUGAUUAUUGGAAUUCGCUAUUGGAAAGGUGCACAAAAGUAGGAAAAGCAGUGCGCAAAUUAAAAGCUUAUACGAUUUGGUAAAGUGCGCAUAAAAAGAUUUUGAAAAUAGGAAACAAAUUGGAGUGAUUGAAGAAGUUUUCGACUUGAAUUGCUUUGUUUUUUGUUAUGUUUAAAACCAUUGCCACUUCCGAACAUUGACGACUGUACUCGAAAAUCACGAUGAAUACUGGCAGUGUUAUUAGUGAACCGAUUUCGGCGCAUCAUCGCGCAUUUGCCAAACAAAAGUCGGCAUCAAUGACCAUUCUAAACCCACGAUCAAACAGAUGCCAUCUACACAGCGAUCAUAAAAAUGUCGAUACGAAAAUGUCCGAUGCCGAAGCAAAUCUUAUCAAUAGCGCGCAAUCACAAUGCGCUACGACCGGACGACGCCGCAAGGUCUCCUCUUUGGCCGGCACACUCUCCGCGCGCUCAUGUCGCAGUGAAACGAAGGAACUGCGCUCGGCGUUGCAAGAUCGCGAAGCAGUCAUACAAAAUUUACGCAUACAACUAUGUUUGGGCAAGUUGCCACGCCCCACAGGACCACCACUCAACGAGAACGAGAAGCCGGCGGCCGAGCAAAAGUUGCAAAGGCUGAAAGCCGAAGCGGAGAAUAAGAAAAUCAAGAUCAAAAACUUGAAAACUGCGCUGGAGAAGCUCGAUAUAACAGAUAACAUUGACACGCGCAUACGUCAGGCCGAAUUGGAAUAUGCACUUGGACGCGAGGAGCUGCAAAUGCUAUCGAUUGUGGAGGAGGCGCGCGCACUGCAAGCGCGUUUGGAGAAGUCAAAACCUGAAUUGCAGACCAUUUACAACAUUCUGAACUCAGGCGACGUGCUCAGCUUGCAUGCCGUACACGCGACUACCGGCCGCUGGGCAGCACACACCAAGUCCGAUCAACCCGGUUUCUUUGUCGAAUGGGCGCUCGAUGGCGACGGUCUGUACAAAGGCGAUCGUAUACUCGAGGUUAAUGGCAAGAUGAUCGCCUGUCGCACCAAAGAAGAACUCCAAAAGAUUAUAGGUAAUUCAGGAAAAUGCCAAAUAGUGGUGCUGCGCAAGAAGUGUGCGCCAAUACCACAGAAAGUCAUAGAUCAAGAGAAGGAGAACAGCAUGCGACUGCAGCAUCGCAUUUCCUAUCUCGAGGAACAGGUGCGUGAGUUGCAGACUGCGAAGGAACAACAGCAGCAAUCGCAUCAGACACAACUCUUACCGCCGACACCUCAAGACAGACACACGACGGCCGCGCACAUAAAUAACAGCGCCAACAGUCAUGUGACCAGCAUCAGCAUCUCUUCGCCACCCUCCACGCCGCCCGACAACAAACCAUUGGUUUUCCAACGCGGCAACUACAUUACCACUUUAGUUGGUGGCAAGCCAAUUGAACUGCUCGGCGAGAAUACCGCUGCUGACCAAAAUGCAUUGAGUAAGAGCAACUCUGUGGCGCAUGUUACCAAAACGCUGAUCAAAGAGAAUACACAAAUCGAUUUGCACCCACCACGCACACCGCGCGUUUGCGCAACGCCCACCUAUCCCUCUAUGCCACCCAAAUCACUGUCCGCCUCAAAGAUCUCGAUCAACAGCGAUUCGGCGUACAUGCAACCCACGCACUAUCGACGCAGCGAAAAGGAGCGACUAGCGCGCGAACGUUACGAGCGUUCGGCGACUAAAACCAACGCGCUACAGCACCGCGCCAAUAUGCAUGCGCGCAGCGUAGAGCAUUUGAACCAUUACAACGGCAUGGAACGUCGACGCGACUGCUCGCUCGCGGCAGAUACGCAUGCGCGCAUGCUCGCUGAUAUGCGUAGCGUCAAAUCGCUGGACUUUGAUAGUGAAAAUGAGGUGAAGCCCAUCAGCGAUACGGUAUCGGAAGUGCGCUCUGUACGACCAACGCCACCAAAGAAGCCGCUACGUUUAUCGCUGCAACGCGCUCAGAGUCUGCAAACGGUUGAGUUGAUACCCAACUGCGAUACGACGGCAGAGAAGAAGCGGCCCAUGAAGCGCGCGCACAUCAACGAUAAGCCGUCGGGCGAGCGUGAGGGUGCGAUACUCAUUGAGAAUUGCAAGCCCUUACAAACGGCGUCGCUGGGCAGGCCGCGUGCGAACAUAUGAAAAUUGCUGAAUGUUCUCUUUAAGCGCAACGAAGAGACACAUUACUAGUAAAGGGGGUUGGGAGGCAGUGCAGUGGGCUGCACAUACAUACAUACAUGUGCGCGUAUGCAAUCAUACUUUAAGAUAAAAUUUAUUUAAUAAGCAAAAUAUUUAUACCAAAUUAAAGUGCAUCGGGCGGAUGUGUGAGGAAGAUUUUUGUUAGUUAGAAAAGUUAAUUGUGCACCAAAUAGUUAUUCAACUGCAUUAUAACGGUUAAAAGUUUUAAUUAUAGAGAUUAAGGCAUGCAAGUGUGUUUAAGUGGUUAACAUACCUAUGUAUGUAUGUAUGGAUAUAUGUGCAUAUAUUUAUUUGCUCCAUUUCUAUAGCUGUAUAAUUUUUAGCGAUAUGUUUUCAUGGUAAUUAAAUUAAAUUGUACAAACAAUGUUUUUAGCACAAUUCUGUAAUAAAAAAGAAAAAUAUUGUUCAUGUAAAUACACAGUUACAUAAAU